GAGCUAUCUGAGUGGGACUGCCUAUCUAGUGUUGCUGUGUCGUCCGGAGAAGAGGUGCUAAAGCCGGCACUAGCAACUGCAGUCUAUUACUAUUCGGUCGUUUCGCGAAUUGGACGUGUUUUGGCCUUGCUAUUCAAUAUCCCAUCUCGCCGAUCGUCGUUCUGUUCAUUAUAAAGGCGAUUCAUAUUACUAUCACCAUAUUAGUUCAUCUCCGGGGCUCAGUUGUUUGUUGGAUUGUGCAAAUUAUCGGAUCAGGUGGUUGAUAGAUUUUGACGACGUUCGAUUUGUGCAAUUUUGUUCACUCCGAAACGAUGAAUUUCAUCCGAUGCUAAUGGUUUUGCUAAUAGUUUUAAUGAAAUCGCAAAAGUGGUACUGUUUAAUAACGACAGAAGUGAUUUUUGUCAUAAGGAAGUGUAGAAACGCAUUGCUUUGGAAGGUGUCCUAACUGUUUUGGCUGGCAGUCGGCAGGUGAAUAAUCAGUGAUGGACGGCAGACAAAACCGUUGUGGUGCCCACCGCAGGUUGAUCAUCGUACUGUUGCUGAUACGAUUGGUCAGCUUAACCAAUGGAUCGACGGUAGCUUCGAAGGAGCCACUUUUGCUAGGAAUUGUUCCCGUAGAAGAGCUCAAUGUUGAGGAAGAACAGGCUGCCAAUGUUUCAUCCGUGGAUUUCUAUAAUCAGAAAGCAUCAGCAGUCGGUUAUCAAGUAGAGGAAGAAGAAGCUGAAACUUCAACUUUAAGUACGAACCAAACGACAAAUCUACGGGAACUCAAUUCUGUGACAACUCCGACAAUGGACCUGAUCACCAUCAUUUGGUAUGUGGCUACCCUGAUAGCUCUGGUAUCGUUCUUUGUCGUGAUGGCGUGUGCGGAUACGAACAAGUGCUUCACCCCGAAACCUCCGGAUGAAGAAACGCCGGUACCCCCAACGCCAGCUCCAUCAUACCGCCUGUUUGCUCCACCUAGCUAUGAGUCAGUCAUUGAAAAAGGGCCGGAUAGUAUUUUCAUCAUACCCGUUCCUGAUAGCAGAGAACAGUUUACCGAGGAUUUAGUGGCAAAUCUGUCUGACGUAAUGCAACCUGCAGAACCAAUCAGCAAUACUGAAAGGGAUUGUGUAGAAAAUCGUAAUCAUUCACACCGCGCCGAACUCCAGUUAUCAGUCACUGUGUGAAAAGACUGGAACUUUUAAGGUUCUUGACGUCAUUUUCGACGUGAAUCGAAUACAGGUUUCCUUCAAGUGGUGCGAAUCUAGGAUAUAUGGCUUCCAGUUGCGAAUAUAAAGGUUGCAUCAGUGAAAUCUGGUUCAAGUGAUUUGUGAAGCAUAUUGCUCUUUGAACGAUGAGUGGUGCUGUUUAUCAAGCGGUAAAGUUCUGCAGAAAAGAAAAAUCUCCGAAAGUUUUCCACUUGAAACAUGUGCAACAAAUCGAAAGAUUAUCCACUAUCUUAGUUCAUUCAACAACGGGCUAAUCUCGCAACACAUUACGCUUCGUGCUGCAACGAUUCAUGAAUGCGAUCAAUAUCGGACACACUGCUGGAGGAAAUAUCCAUAUUUAUCAACAGAUAAGCAUCUCUUGCGAGCGGCGACGUGACUGAAAUGAAGAUUACCAUCGCGCACCAAAUAACAUAUUCAACAAAGGUGACUCCCUAAGCUGAUAUUAGUCGCAAUUUAUUUGUGCAAUGCGUCACGAUCAUUCGCGCACAAAUGUACCUACAGUAAUCGGGUACGGUUUAGAUUUAUCUUGUGGCGAUAAUAAUGACCGAUAACUGGUUUCUCCGCAACUGUAUGCAGUAUUAGUGCAGGAUUGUAUUUAUAAGAUAUGACUGAGCACAGUGAGACGUAAUCACGACAGCGACAAUCAUUUUAAUUGUUAAUUAGUUUACACACCCCCCACGACUGAGUAUCUCAAUGAUUUAGAAUUUAAAUGUGAUAAUGGAUGUUUUGAUUGAGAGUAGGUUACGAUUUUGUACGGUAGAUAAGUGACGAGAUAAAAAAACGUUCAUGUAAAACAGAA